AAAAAUUAUUUUUUUGUAUAAAUUAUCAUUUAGACAAAAAUAUUCAUGUUUGGUUUUUUUCAAAAUGAUCAAUUAUCUGAAGUUGGUGAAAUUUCCAAUAGAAUUACUAACACCUAUAUGGUUAAUCAAGAUGAACAAAGAUAUGAACGGAGCCAAUCUGAAAUCACAGAAAGACAAUUUCCGAGAUUUAUGUUACCUCAAUUUUACAUGACUCGUAUGUCAGAAACAAUUGGAAAAUGGACAUUUAUAAAACUGAAAAAAAAAUUAGCUUCAGAAUCAGGACAAGCAAUAAGACAAACGAUAGCAAAUAUAGCUGAGCUAGUAGUAGAUCCCAAGAGAAUCAUAGAAGCAAUGAGAUUAAAAAUCGUUGAACAGUUACCACCAUUUCUACUGUCAAAUGAUCCUCACAUAAGGGAAAACACUGCAAUCGUUUAUGCAGCUAUAGCACGUCAUGCGGUUGGAAGACAAGCCAUUACUAACAAUCCUACGAUAAUCAAUAGUCUUAUAAAGGGGCUGGAUGACCCUAUAAUUGAUGUUCGUUUAAGAAUGGGUGACGUCAUGGAAAUAUUAUGUCAUGAUUAUUUCGCUGCGAAAACUUUGGUUGAAUCGUAUGGAUUUUUGGAUAUUAUCGCUACCAGAUUGAAAAGAGAACAAAAAAAGAUGUUGAUAAUUUAUCUUCACAGCCUUGAAGUGUUACUUCUAGCUAAGUCUAACGUAGAUCAUGCUAUAGAAUUGGGACUGAUUAAAAUACUUUUAAGUCUUCUUCAAAGAGCGGACAAAGAAGUGACGGGGAAAAUUCUCGCGUGUUUAGCAAUUCUGUGUCAAGAAGGUUUAGAGAACUGGAGUUCAGCAGACAUUGAAAACGUUUUGUCUAAUCUUGAGACUUAUUUGAAUGAUGAAUCAAAAGAAGUUAAUGAAAAAGCAGUAAAUCUUCUCAGUUUUAUCACUGUUACUGAAUGUGGAAAAAUCCAUGGUUUCAUUUUCAUUGAUAGAUUAUUGGAGUUGGCAAAUAAUUAUCAAAGUCGCGAAUGUUGUGUAAUGUCAAUAAAGGCUUUGACUAACAUUGCAGAAGUACCGAAGGGCAGACAGAAAUUGCUAGAUCAUUCAAAGUUUAUCGAACAAAUCAAUACACAUAACAGUAGAACAUUAAAACGGCAUAAACAAAUCUUACUUGAAGUCAUACACCGAAAUUAA